UCCUUCUCCCAUUCGCCUCUCGUUCGUGUAGCCUGUACCUGUACGACUUACUCGACGAAGCUAAUUUGAGAACUUGGGCUUCCACUCCGGCGUGCGGAAGUCGGUAGUUCUUGAAUAUAACCCGGGUCUCUGUUCCAACUUCCAACUAUGGCUCCCUCUUCAGAAGAGAGUGCCGCGCAUUCGCGCGUUACUAAAAAGAUCCACAAGAAACGUAAAGCUGAUCACCGACCGACGAUGGAACUCCCUGAACGUUUGAAAGACCACGGCGACGAUGCGGAUGAGGAUGUUCUGUUACCCAACCAAGGCGCUCAGAUGUUCAUGAAUAUGAACCAAUCGAUAUUCGGACUGAUUGCCGCUGCCGGGUCGAAUGUGGAUUUUAACGAUCGGUUCGAGGGGCAAUCGAGCGACGAAGACGAAGAUGUUGAACGAACCGAAAGACACGGGAAGCGUAAGGAGCAGGAACAGAUCGCGCAAACCACAGUGUUAAAGAAAAAUUACUCUGGAAGAGAGAAGGGCGAUAAACAGCGUAGGAGAUUAUCGGGGCAGCUCUUACGCUCGUUGCCCCAACUUCCGCGGCUGGCCACGCGGUCUAAAUCUAAAUCAUUUAAACCAUCCGGUCUUCAACCCUCCAACUCGAGCGCUGGGGGCGAAGGUGGCGACUCGGGUCCCCAAACCGCCGUAGACUCGUACCCACCUACAUUUGAUAUUUCGAAGACCGACCGCGAAGGUAAACUUGCUCCAGUCAUGAGCCGAAUGCUAGAAGCGAGAGAAGAAAUGUCAUCGAGGCCGAGUUUUGAUAUCGAGAGGCUAUCCGGGGAUCAUCGAAGGGGUGACGGAGAUGAAGCCGGACCUAGUCUACUAGCUCGACAGUUGAAACGCAUAUUUGAGUUCGAUGAACCCGAAGAAGUCAUAGAAGAAUACCCUUGCUGGCUCCUACAAAGUGUCCUUUUGCAGGGCUACAUGUACAUCACCGCGAAGCACAUUUGUUUUUAUGCUUACUUACCAAAGAAAGCUCACGAAGUUGCGAAAUCUGGUUACUUAUCGAAGAGCGGUAAACGGAAUCCCAAAUACAGCCGUUACUGGUUCCGUCUGAAGGGGGAUGUAUUAGCCUACUAUCGCGACCCGUCGAAUCUCUACUUUCCUCAUGGUCAGAUCGAUCUAAGCUACGCUAUCUCAGCAAGUAUCGACGACAAAGAAAAAGAUGGCCUAUCUUUUUCCGUCGUCACACAUCACCGAACAUAUCAUCUCAGAGCUGAUAGUGCCCCGAGUGCCAAAGAAUGGGUCAAGAGUUUGCAACGAGUCAUUUUCCGAUCUCAUAACGAUGGCGACAGUGUCAAGAUUUCCUUGCCGAUAGAUAAUGUUAUCGAUGUUGAAGACAGCCAGAUGAUCGAAUUCGCCGAUACGUGCAAGAUUCGUGUCAUCGAUAACGACGAGACAUACGCCAUUGACGAAUAUUUCUUCUCAUUUUUUAGCUUUAGCAAGGAAGCAAUCAACGUCCUCAAGAUUUUGGUCGACGAUGCAUCGAAGCAAACGAAGUCAGAUUCGUCACGGCAACAGAGCCAAGAAGGAGCCUCUCGGCACAGCUCCGCAAGCUUAAAACGGGAUCGCGGUCCUGCUGCGUUAGAACUCAAAUCCCCAAAGAUCCGCGAACAUGUUAGAGCGACAUUGGUCCCUAUAUCGCCGCAUAGUCCGCGAGAACUAAGCCCUCGACCCAGCGGCGAUGGAACCCGUAGCAGUUUCGACGCAUUCCGUCAAUUCGGACGGCGGAGUGUCGAUUUUGAUACCCUAGCGCGGGAUGCGUCACCUCGUCGAAGCUUUAGUACUGCCAGCAGAUCACUGAGUAAACAUCGUGUGCACGAUAACACCGCACCGCAGGACAAAUUGGAGUCCUCCGAGUCAUACGUACAGUCUCUAGAAGACCCAAGUAUGUCUGCUAUAGCAUCUUCGUCGAACGAGGACCCUUCGGGCAGCCAAAUCCUUCGAGGCAGCGAAGUCUUUCAUAGGCCUACUCUGCGUCGAUCUACCUCUGCUUCACGAACUUCGAGGCGUGACAGAUCAACCGGCACAAGCCGUUUACGCGAGCAAUCGGACGAAUCGAUUUCUGAUCAUAAAGAGCGUGCCGUCACUACAGGACACAUGAAUGAUACUGGAGUUAGUGAGAAAUUUGACCAAGCAUCGGCAGCUACACCGGGACUAAACAAAAUCGCAAAAAUGGGAGCUUAUCCGUUGCAACGUGCAGGUUUAUUUGCUAACUACUUGAAUCAAACUGGCCGUCAUAUGAGUAACCUAUUAGCCACAGAGUCGAUGGGCUACGUGGAAAAAGUAUCGGGCAUGUGGAAAGGUGGUCGCAAGCACUACCAGGAGACUCCUGCACUUAAGCCUGACGGCGAACUAGACGACGAUGACGGCGUUGACAUGGAUCGGUUCAGGGCGCAUUUCGCCCUUCCGGAAACCGAGAAGCUCCAGGCGACCUAUUACGGCUAUAUCGUCCGAGUAUUGCCGCUCUAUGGCAAGGUCUACAUAAGCGAACGAUAUUUCUGUUUCCGUAGUCUGUUGCUGGGGACCCGGACCAAGUUAAUCCUUCCUUUGAAGGAUAUUGAGACUGCCGAGAAAGAGAAGGGAUUCCGCUUUGGGUAUUCUGGCCUCGUAAUUGUUAUUCGCGGCCACGAAGAAAUAUUCUUCGAAUUCAACAAGGCAGAAAUACGCGAUGACUGCGCGGUAACCGUUCUACGGAGUCUCGAGACGACGCGUUACCUCCGAGAAAUUGGUAUGUUGGAUCAGGAAGAACAAGAGAAUGCAGACGAAGCGAUGGCCGAGCGCGACGCGCUCCACAAGGCACGGCUUCAGGGGAAUAUAGAGCACGAACUAAAACUGCCUCACGAGACAUCUUGUCUCAGUGAUUCAUCACCAACGAUUCUCUUCGACGACCCUAAAGCGUCGAUUUUGAAUUUCAAGCCCUCAGAACCAAUGAAGAUCACCUGCUUGACGAUCGGAUCGAGAGGAGAUGUUCAACCCUAUAUUGCCCUCUGCAAAGGGUUGAUGGCCGAGGGCCAUAAGCCUCGAAUAGCAACGCAUGCCGAAUUCAAGACCUGGAUUGAGGGGCACGGCAUUGAGUUUGCACCGGUAGAGGGCGACCCUAGCGAACUCAUGCGCAUUUGUAUCCAAAACGGCACAUUUACGUGGGCUUUCUUGAGGGAGGCCAAUUCGAAAUUCCGGGGCUGGUUGGACGAGCUUCUCGCAUCUGCCUAUACGGCAUGCCAAGGUUCAGACCUACUUAUUGAAAGUCCGAGCGCUAUGGCUGGGAUUCACAUCGCAGAGGCCCUCGCUAUCCCCUAUUUCAGAGCUUUCACGAUGCCCUGGACCCGAACACGUGCCUACCCUCAUGCUUUCGUUAUGCCUGAACAUAAGAUGGGUGGCGCUUACAACUACGUCACGUAUGUUAUGUUUGACAACGUAUUCUGGAAAGCGACAGCCCACCAAAUCAACCGUUGGCGGAACAAUAUCCUCGGCCUACCUAACACCAACUUGGAAAAGUUACAGCCGAAUAAGGUGCCUUUUCUCUAUAACUUUUCCCCGGCAGUCGUCGCACCUCCACUUGACUACAGCGACUGGAUCCGCGUUACAGGCUAUUGGUUCUUGGACGAAGGGACUGAAUGGACCCCGCCAGAUGAUCUUAUGCACUUCAUCCAGCAGGCACGCAAGGAUGAAAAGAAGCUGGUUUAUGUUGGUUUCGGAUCAAUUAUCGUACCUGACCCGGCGAAGAUGACGCAAGAAGUUAUUGAUGCAGUAUUGAAAGCUGACGUCCGAUGCGUCUUGUCUAAGGGGUGGUCAGACCGCCUCGGUAAUAAGGACGUCGCCGUGCCCGAACAAGCCCUUCCACCCGAGAUAUUCCAGAUUAAAAGUGCACCUCACGACUGGUUGUUUGCGCAAAUGGAUGCCGCCGCUCACCACGGCGGUUCUGGAACUACAGGUGCUAGCCUGCGUGCCGGUAUUCCUACCAUCAUCCGUCCGUUCUUCGGCGACCAGUUCUUUUUCGGUAGCCGAGUUGAGGAUCUGGGUGUUGGUAUCUGCUUGAAAAAAUGGGGGGCCAAUAGUUUUGCCAGAGCACUAUGGGAGACCACGCACAGCGAAAGGAUGAUAGUUAAGGCUCGGGUAUUAGGCGAGACCAUCCGCAAGGAAAAUGGUGUUGACACGGCGAUUCAAUGUAUCUAUCGGGAUCUUGAGUAUGCCAAGAGCCUGAUCAAAUCUAAGGCUGGGAAGAACGCAGCUACGGCAAGCAGUCCUGAUGGCACUGUAGCUGACGACUCGGAAGAAGAGAGUUGGACAUUUGUUGGGGGUGACGACAUAGAUCCAGAGCUCGUUGUUAAGAAAAGCGCGCUCUCCCAGAUGGAGUCCAGCAUGAGCGGAAUGGCUGGGUCUACUGCAUUGGGUUCUAGGUUGCUCGGCGGUAGAACAGGGACGAGUCUCGGCAUAGUUAGACCAUCGCCGACGGUGACGAGUUCUUAGGGAGACUCCU